UGAAACCAAAGGUGAAACUGAAGGGGAAACCCAGGGGGAAACUGAAGGGGAAACUGAAGGUGAAAAGAAAAGUCAAACUGAGAUAGAACUAGAGUUAUUCCUGAAAAAUUAUUUAUUUUUUCAAUUUAGAGAGGAUGAGGAUGUUACUUUUAAUCAAGGCCUUUUCCAAGAUCUCCAGAUCUAUUGUCUCUUGCUUAGAAUGCUAAAUCGAAAAAAAAUGAUGCUAUCAUGGAUUCAAAGGGAAAAGUUAAAUUUGGGUCUAAUGCCACAGAUGAAUCAGGAAGAGAGUAUUCAAGAUUCAAAAAAUUCAAAAAGAAAUGUUCCAGAUUCAAAACAGAGUGUUCCAGAUUCAAAACAGAGUGUUCCAGAUUCAAAAAAUUCAAAAAGAAAUGUUCGAGAUUCAAAACAGAGUGUUGCGGAUUCAAAAGAGAGUGUUCCAGAAUUUUUAAAAAGGACGGGAUUUUUGGUUGACCCCCACUUCCGCUGUCUAUCAAACCAAACGGAGAAUUUCUUAUGUAUCAAACCAUAGUUCUUUCAUUGGUUCAUAAGAGUAAAGAAAUUCUUAAUCAAAAAUACGUAAAACAACGAAUAAUUCGCGCUGAAGAGAACAAUAAUUGUGAUCCGCUUCUUAUUGAAAAUAUUUUAUCAUCUAGGCGUCGUAGAGAAUUAAGAACUCUAAUUUGUUUCAAUUCAAACAAAUGGAAUGGCGUGGAUGCAAAUUCUCUAGUUUCCAACAAAAAUCAAGUUUGGGAGGAAAGUAACCCUCGGCAUAAGGAUCCGAAUAAAUUGAUUGAAUUUUUUCUUUGGCCUAAUUAUCGAUUGGAAGAUUUAGCUUGUAUGAAUCGUUAUUGGUUUAAUACUAAUAAUGGGAGUCGUUUCAGUAUGUUAAGGAUCCAUAUGUAUUUACCAUUGAAAUUUAAUUGGUGGAAAUUUAAUUGAUAGUAGUACUAUCUACCCUCUAGCAGGGUAGAUGGUACCAGGUUAGAUGAAAAGCAAUGAAUGGAAAUAUACCUUAUUUUAAUUUGUAUCUAACUGAAUCGAGGAUACCAUAUAUUUAUUUAGAUCUAUAUAGAUACUUUCUCCCUCAUCCAAAGAAUAUUAAGUUGAAAUAAUUCACUUUUAUUUUAUUAAUGAACCCGAAAAGAGAGGGUUUUCUUUUGAUUUGAAUUGAUAGACUUAGUUAGAAGAAUUCUUUUUUAGCAAUAAAUGUCUUUCACAUCCAGUGAUAACCUGUAAAUCAUUUUAAAUGGCAGUUCCAAAAAAUACGUAUUUCGAAAGCCAAAAAGCGUAUUCGUAAGAACAUUUGGAAAAGAAAGACUAUUGAGGUAAGAUUAAAAGCUCUUUCAUUAGCAAAAUCUCUUUUAACGGGUAAGUUUACAAGUUUUUUUUACAAAAAAAAUAAAAAAACAUUGGAUUCAUUUCUGUCAAGUUGAUUUCUUGUAUAAUAUUUCUUCUUUUUUCUUAUCAUUUUCUUUCUUUAUUUUUCGUUAGUUCGUUUUAGUUACUAAUCAAUUAUUUCAUAUCUAUGAAAUAAAUCUAUAACUUAAUUAUAAAAAAUUAUUUUAAAUGCAUAUUAUAUAUCAAUGAAGGGAGUUCAUUUAGUUUAUGAUAAAAAACUUAUCUCUUUCGACUAUUUAUAAAAACCAAAACCAACAAAACAGAGGUUCCGUUGAAUUUCAAAUAUGGAAUUUCACCAAUAGAAUACACCGGCUUACUUCCCACUUGAAAUUGCAUAAAAAAGACUAUUUAUCUCAAAAAGGUUUACGUAAAAUUUUGGGGAAACGACAACGACUUUUAGCUUAUUUAUCAAAAAAAAAUACAUUGCGCUAUAAAGAAUUAAUUGAUAAAUUGGAGAUUAGAGAGACAAAAACUCAUUCAUUUUGAAGUUGUAUAGCUUUUAGAACCUAUUUUAUACGUAAAUUUUAGAACUACAGUCUGGGUACUGAAACAAUUACAAAAGAAUAGCUCAGGGUAGUGAAUAGAAAGACAUCAUGUCCUUUUGUCUAUUGAUUCUUACUGUAUAAAUUUGAAGGGAUUUUUUAUUUAAAACUUUAAAACGGCAGAUUUAGUUAAUUCAAAAAAGAAUCCUUUUUUACCCUAUUAGGUAGUUUGCGUAGUUAUAAAAAAAAAUGAUAAUAUUAAAACAUAAAAAUUGAUAAUAAUUUACCAAAAAACAUAAAAUAAUUUUUUUUUUUAUUUUUAAAACCAAUCCAGAAAUCUAGUGAUUAGAAUUCUUCUGAAAAUUCAUUGAGUCAUAUAGUAUCUAAAAACCAAGUAUCUUCUAAUUUUAUAUUGCAUAAAAAUAAUAUUUGGAGGAUACUAUAUCGAUAAUUCAUAAAAUUUAUAAAUUUAUUCGUUCAAUGGCACAUUCUGUAAAGAUUUAUGAUACAUGUAUAGGAUGUACUCAAUGUGUUCGAGCCUGCCCCACCGAUGUUUUAGAAAUGAUACCAUGGGACGGAUGUAAGGCUAAACAAAUUGCUUCUGCUCCGAGAACAGAAGAUUGCGUAGGCUGUAAGAGGUGUGAAUCCGCUUGCCCAACAGAUUUCUUGAGUGUUCGAGUUUAUUUAUGGCAUGAAACAACUCGCAGUAUGGGUCUCGCUUAUUGAUCUGGUCCAGA